AGGUGAACAUUAGGGACUUUAAGCAGCGACCGGCAACGCGAACGGCGACGGCAGAAAACAAUUGUCUUGUAUAUUUUAGCCAAUUUUCUUCAAACGACAACGUGAAAACUUCAAGUUUACGGUCUAGCGAGGAAGGGGACGUUUGCGCUAAAAUACUAGACUUUCUAUCCUUUUUCGUUAUGUUGGAAAUAAGACUCUAGGCUUUACUAUAGUUUUUUUUGUGGAAUUUACAAACGAGUGAAUUUUAUCAAAACUAGCUUAAAAUUGAGCGCAAAGUAUGAAAGCUUUUUGAGGGAUCACGUUCUCCCUGCAGUCGCCGUCGUUAAAGUCUCUAUUAGGGAGCGUGUCGCAGUCGUCCGUGAUAAACUCUUUAUUUUUCGUCUACUGCGUCCAUAUCCGGUCUAGAGAAAUGAUCGCCCAAGCAGGUAAUAUAACCCUAGAACAUCAGGGUCCCUAGUCCUGACUCCCUGACGGGUUUCUAAAUUUGUUUGCGUAGAAUUAGUGAUAGCUCUUCACCAAAAAGAAUGUCAUAAUGUCAUGCCAAUGUAUUAAUUAAAAUUAUUUUUUCGAAUAGAAAAAUAAAGGCACCCCUUUGACUCUUAAUAGAUCUGUCCGGAAGUACGUAUAACCACCCGCCAAUUAAGGAUCGCUUUUUUUAACAAAUGCCUGUUUGACAACCGUAAUGCUAGCAUUCGCAUGAGAAUAAGAACAGAUGAAAACACGGCCAGGCCCUGUUGGCUGUUACACUCCAUCGCCCAAAUCACCAGGAAAUUCAUCAAAAACCUAUAGAACGAAAACGCUGCCAUGACAACCGCAGAGGAGGUAGCGAUCGUCGUCGCCUUCUCCAUAGUAACCGUGAUUGGCGUGACAGGGAAUAUCCUCGUCUGCCUCGUGGUGCUACUAAACAAGCCGAUGCGAACGCCCAUGAACUAUCUCCUUGUGAACCUCGCCAUCAGCGAUCUUCUUCUUCUCAUCUUCUUCAGCCCAACCUUCAUCUUCAAGGGGGCCUACACACACCCAGGGGGUUUGGCAGGGGAUGUAUUGUGCUCUCUGGUGACGGGGGAAAGCUUUGCGUGGAUGGGAGGCUACGCGUCGGCGCUCUUCCUUGUCGCCAUAGCAAUAGAGAGGUUUUACGCCGUCACAAAUCCCCACAGUAAUCUUGUGAGCAUCACGAACAGCAAUCUUAAAAUCCUGGUGGUUGUUUGCUGGCUGUUCGCCAUCGCCUGGAACGCCAUUGGCUUCAUCGUCAAGCGCUACAACGAACAACUCGGUUUCUGCACCAUGGAGUGGCCAGCGGACUACUCCUUCAAGGUGUACAGCGCGCUAUGCUUUGUGGUCCUAGGGGUGAUCCCUAUUUGCACCAUGUGUGUACUUUACUCGAGGGUUAUCCACCAGUUGUGGUUUAGGCGCGAAGUGGAGCAGGUGAAUAACCAGGAGGCGGACAGACAGCGCCGGAAAAAGGCUACCAAGAUGGUGAUUGUGGUCAGCUUUAUCUACGCUCUCUCGUGGAUUCCAGAGCUCAGUAUCUUUCUCAUCGUGGCGUAUGCGCCCACAAGCAUCCGCGUAGAUAUCGCCUAUCCCGCUUCUGUCGCUAUGGUGACGUUCAAUUCGGCAAUCAAUCCAAUAAUAUACAGCUUCCAUAAUGAACGUUUCAGACGACAUCUUUUGAACCUGCUGCGAUGUAGGGUGUCCGGCGGUCGGGUUGCCCCUAACAACCGAACUGUAGGUGCAGGUCAUAAUAACACGUCGGCUGGUCUGCAGAGCAUUUCGAUGUCUGACAAUGCGAACAAGUCUAUCGCUGGGAAUAAGUUGGAAAAUCAAGCAUGCUAAUCUCUUUUUAUGUAGGACUAACAUGAAAGAGCAUUAGAAUACUUUUUGUUAGGUAGAAUUUAAAUGCUUAUUCUAUAUUCUAACAUAUUUCCAUACGCUCUUUAAUCAUCAUCAUCAUUAUUAUGAUUAUCAUUAUUAGAAUGAGUAUCGCUUUUACUUCACUGGAGGAUAAAAGGCGCGUAUCCAGGAUUGGAUCGAUCAUAGGUAUCAUACCAUUCCUUAAUAAAAAACGCCCCACUUUUUGGCAGCCAAGGGGAGAGGGAAUUGCCCCCCUCCCCCCUCCCCCGUGUACGCGAGAUGAUACUAAUUACCUGCACAAGUUUGGACACUUCUAGCUUUCCGUAGUGCCCAAAACAGCCAAUUCUAGUAUUCGAGUUCUACCCCUCCCUUCCAUCCUGGAACCAUUGUACAUAAUUUCAUUGCAUCUAGCAAAUAAGAUGAACAAUCAAUUGCCAUUCGAAAACAGACACAGCGUAAAAAUAGACAACUGUAGAUUUGAAUGACUUACAAAGGUGUUAUAUCUUAGUUGUAAAUGCUGGAUUGUCUCGUUUUAAAAAUACAUCAUGUGUGAUACAUGCCUAUCACAAAUGUAAUAAUAGAUAUAUAUGUUGUAAAUAAUGUACAUUCUUUUGAUAAGAACUCCUUCAUCUCACUUGAGGGUGGGCUGUUCUUAUUUUUGGAGCCAGUGCUGAAAAACGCAAGAUUAGUUCCAGAACCGCGCGGUUGAUCCUUUUUGUUUUGAAAUGGCGGCUUUUUACCGGCGAACUGUCAAAUUUUGGCGAAUUCAGAGAAAUGUAGCGCAAAACUAGGGCUAUAAUUUUAUAAAAGAAAAGAAUGUAUUCAAUUCACUUAAUGCAAAAGUACUGUAUACGUCAACCUUAAAUAUACAAUGCUCAUUGUG